GCUCAACGCUGCCCCCCCCCCAACCCCCACCAACACCACCACCACCACCCUCCCUCCCACCAACGCCACCAGCCACAAAUGACUGCAGUAUAAAUCCUGGAGUCCUCAUCCUCAGCCUUCGCUCUCUGGAUUCACAGCCUCGUCCUGCAGCCGCAUCACGGUGUUUAAACCUUUUAUCCUCCUGAAAAACAAACGAAAAACAAAAGGCCAGAUGACGAUGACUGACCUGGAGACCUCGAUGGCCACCAUCAUCGCCGUGUUUCGGAAAUAUUCGGAGAGAGAAGGGGACAAACACAAGCUGAAGAAGAGCGAGCUCAAGGAUCUCCUCAACGACGAGCUCCCGGAUCUGAUGGGGCACGUGAAGGACCAGAGCACGCUGGACGGCCUGAUGGAAAGCCUGGACACCGACGGAGACGCCGAGUGCGACUUCCAGGAGUUCAUGACAUUCGUCUCCAUGGUGACCGUGUGUUGCCAUGACUUCUUCGAGCACGAGGACGAGUGAAAAAAAAAAAAAACGGGGGACAAAAGGACGGAGCUACAGUAAAUUAUAAAGAGGCCUAGCAACGCACAAGACUGAGGGCGGAGAGGGCAACGAGUCCAGUUUAGUCGUAGCAACGUUUGACAUCGUCGUCUCCUGUUUGAUUAUAAAUGUAAAAGUAGCUGAGCUAAAGUAGGUAAAAUAACUUUUUUUUUUUUUUUUUUUUUAAGGUGUUUGCUGGAUUUGCCACGGAGCAAUCACUAAUGCAAGUUUCUCCUCUUUGAAAGCGACGGUAAAGUUGUAAAAUCUGAGUCGUGCGAGUGAGAAACGCUGAACGGAAACUUUGUCUGCGAGGUUUGGCUACUAGGAAGGAGUCUGAAAGUGGCUAGCUUGUUUGUCUACACCACGUGGCUAAUGGAUUACGUAGCAGGCUAGUAAUUUAGGCCGUAAUUAUUGUCGACUAUCGAACUUUCAAAGUAACCUUCUUUAGCAGCAGAUUUAACUGUCUGGUAAAUGUUUUAAAAAUGGCUACCGAGUUGAUGCUGCUCCUUUCGUAGACUUAAGUUGACAAUUAAGACGUUGGCGAGUGCUAAAAAAGCUGAACUUGUAAAUGUGUGCAAGCAUUAAAAACAUUUAAUGACCAGUAAAUUCGUCAGUACGGCCUUUGAUGUUGUGUUUUCUAGUGUGGUAUCAAUCAUUUUUGGAGUUUUUUUUUUAAGCCAAAAGAAUCAACGUUUAAGAAAUCGAAUGACUACCAAAUUUUGAAAAGUGGCUAGAAAGUUCAUAAAAUCAAGUAGCCAUUGGUAUUAACCACAUUUGACUCCAUAGUAAAAGAUUUUAUUGGCUGGUAAAUGUUUAAAAAAUGGCUACGGAGUUAGACUUAAGUUGACAAUUGCCCUGAAAGUUUCUUGUAAAUGUGUAAAACAUUUAAUGGCUGGUAAAUUCUUCAGUAUGACUUUUAUUUUCCAAUCAUUGUAUCAAUCAUUUUUGGAGGCCACAGAAUUUAGAAAGUUAUUUUUAAGUCAAAAGAAUCAACUGAAUAUUUUUUAAAAAUCUAAUGACUACCAAAUUUUUAAAAAGUGGCUAACAAGUUAAUAAAAUCUAGUGACAAUUGGUAUUAACCACAAAACUAGCAAUUUGGCUCCAUAUUAAAAAUUUUAAUUGGCUAGUAAAUGUUUAGAAAUGGCUACAGAGUUAGACUGAAAGUUUCUUGUAAAUGUGUCCAAGCGUUAAAAUCAUUUAAUGGCUAGUAAAGUUCUCAAUAGGCCUUUAAAUCUUAAAAAGUUAGCUAGCAAGCUAAUCGGGUCACUGGGUUUAACUACAUUCUUUACAGGUUUCAGUGUUUGGAGAAUAUAGUUUUGAAGCUAAUUCACAAAAAUUAGUUUCUAUAUAAAAAUAUUUAAUUGGCUAGCACAAGUUUAAAAAUGGCUCCUUUGGUAGAUUUAAAUCGACAAUUAAGAACGUCCACUAAAGUAUUAAAAGCUUUUAAUGGCUAGAAAACGUUUUUCAUUUGAGGUUUUGCUUUUCAAAUCUGAGGAGGCAACAACGUCUAAUUAAGAAGCUCGUCAAGUCUAAUCUUUGUAAUUAAGUUGUAACCUCACUGAUAUGUAAUAUUGGCUCAUUUUUCUGAAUAAACAACUACACAAGUGUAA